AUGGAGGCCGCCGCCGCCCAAGGGAUGCGCUGCGCGCUGUGCGGCGCGGGCGCGGACGUGCACUGCGCCGCCGACGCGGCGUUCCUCUGCGCGCCCUGCGACGCCGAGGUGCACGGCGCCAACUUCCUCGCCUCGCGCCACCGCCGCACGCGCGCAUCCGCGCCCAAGGGUCGCCAGGACGACGACGACGCGUCCGCGACGUCCUCGACCUCCUGCUUGUCCACGGCCGACUCCGCGACGACGGCGGCCAUGCCACCGCAGCGAGGCCGGGUGACAAAGCCCUCGAAGACGCGGCGCGCGCGCGGCGAGGCAGUGCUCGAGGUGUGGGCCAAGCGGAUGGGCAUCCUCCCGCCGGGUGCGGCGCGGCGUGUCGCAGCGGCGGCCGCGCGCGCGCUCCAGGACGCGCCACGCAUGCCGCUGCGCGUCGCGAUGGCGGCCGCGCUCUGGCGGGAGGUGGCGGCGCACGGCGUCCACAAGGCUACCGGCGACGCGCUCCGGCGGCUGGAGGCGUGCGCGCGCGUACCAGCAAGGCUUGUCCUCGCGGUGGCGUCGUCGGUGGGGCGAGCGGCCGCCCUGGACACCAAGGAGGGCUGGGGCGAGUGCGCGUGA